UCUUAAGUCAAUGUGCUGUAUUAGCUUAAAUAUCUGAUAUAGUCAACGUUUCUAAACAAUGAAAGGAAAACGGUUCAAUUAAAUAACAUCACAAGGUUACGUACAGAACUGCUCACACUCUCGCUUGUCAUUUAGUUCAGUUUUCUUAUUUGACAUUGCCUUGUAUGAAUUUACUUUAAAUGUCACAGGCACAAACUGAAAUUAUUUUGAUAAAGUAGGCCUACGCACGUGGAUUCCAACAUAAUUUCCGGGUUGACUAGGGGGAAAUCCGUGGUAAUUUUUCAAAACCAAGAGAGCUAUUGUUUUGUGAAAGUUCUGUGUAGUGUAGUUUUAUUCACGACAGUGAAUGCAACCUGUUGAAAACGUUGUUGCUUUUAAAUCAGCGCGAGAUAAUCUAACAAAAUUAUAAAGAAUAAUUUCAUUUUUCUGCAAUUAAACUUAAGGGUCUGAUUGAGAACCAAAUUACUUUCAGCAACAGUAGCUUAGGCUAUCAUGGCAACGGGAGCGACGGGGGACCUUGCUGAUGCUUCAUCUACGCCGGGUGAAAAUGAAUACCCGUCUGGCUUUCCGCAUAGCAUCUGCGACGAUGUGCCUCAGGACAAGUAUCUAUGCAGCAAUUGCAACAACGUCCUCAACAAAGCUCACCAAACUAUGUGUGGUCAUCGCUACUGCCUCGCUUGUGUCAACUGGUUGGUGCGGAACAACAAGAACCUUAUGUGUAAGAAAUGCAGAGAAGAGGACCGAUGCCUUGAAGGCAAUAACAGCCUGCUUACUCCAGACAAUGUGUUUCAUGAUGCUGCCAUCAACAAGGAGAUCCUGGAGCUGAAGGUGCACUGUGCCAACCAGGGCUGCAGCUGGAAAGGUGUACUAAAGGACUAUGAGGAACACCAGAGUGGGUGUGACCAUGCUUUGAUCCCCUGCAACAUUGGCUGCGGUCACAUGGUAGAGAGGAAGAAGUUGGCCUCUCACCUCAAGAAUGACUGUCCCAACAACAUGUCUCCCAGUCCUACCUGCUCCCAAACAAUAAGCCUGACAGAGCCGCAGAAGCACUUAUGUUCAAGUCCUUCCGAGGAAAUGGGUCCCACCACCGCCCAGGGGGCAGAGGAGAGUCAGAAGCCUUCAAAAUCCACGAAAAGACAGCAGUGCUGUUUUUCUGAAGUUGGGUGUAGGUUCAAGGGAACCAAAGAGGUUGUCCAAAAUCAUGAGGCGUCCGCUCACCUGGGCCACCUUCAGCUUCUGCUCCAUGCCACCAGCACCCUGCAGGCCUCCCAGCUGACAGGAAAGGGCUGCACCCCAGAUGCCCAACUGAGACAGGCCCUGGCUGCUCUCCACCUGCAAGGGGACGUGGAGGCAGAUGGUGGGUUGGAGGCUGGCCAGGAGGGUGUGGGAGACCCUGUGGAGUCUGCAAAGGCCCAUUGCCUGCAGGAUGACCAGGCAGCCAUGCUUUUUGGGCAGCAGCUUGAGGAACUACUUCAGAGGGUCCAGGUGUAUGAGAACAUUGUCACUGUAUUAAACCGCGAGGUGGAGAAGACCCAGCUUACUGUGGCUUCACUUAAGCAGCAGAACCAGAACAACCAGGACAUGAUUCAGCACCUGGAGCUAAAGGUCUCGGAGCACCAGCAAAAGCUGGCUAUGAAGGAUACCAUUAUUAGCUCUCUGUGCCAGCGAAUCACUGCACAAGAGGACGUGUCCUACAACGGUACCUUUCUCUGGAGGGUGUCUGACCUCAGCCGGAAGAUGAAUGAGGCAGCCUCCGGGCACAGGAACAACCUGUACUCUCCUGCAUUCUACACCGCGCAGUACGGCUUCAAGGCGUGCAUGCGGCUGUACCUGAAUGGGGAUGGGGUGGGCAAAGGCACUCACAUCUCCCUGUUCUUCGUGGUCAUGAAGGGAGAGUAUGAUGCCCUUCUGUCAUGGCCAUUUAAGCACAAGGUCACCUUCUUCCUCCUUGAUCAGAACCAGAAGGAGCAUGUGAUUGAUGCCUUCAAGCCAGAUCUGUCUUCUUCAUCCUUCCAUCGACCUGUCUCUGACAUGAAUGUGGCCAGUGGCCGCCCACUCUUCUUCCCCUUAGCAAAACUGCGCUCCCCCAGACAUGCCUAUGUUAAGGAUGACACGCUCUUUAUUAAGUGCAUUGUGGACACCACUUCCUGAGUCUCAGGUGGUAGAAUGGCAGCUAUUAUGGCAGCUUUUCAGCCACCCUUUGUGGUGAAUUUAAUCUGUGAACUACAGAGCAAUGACAAGUGUAUAUAUAUAUAUAUAUAUACUUUUUAUUGAACCCCAUGGGGUAAUUUGUCCUCUGCAUUUGACCCAUUCUAGUUGCUUAGGAGCAGUGGGCAGCUGCCUCUCUGUGCUGCGCCCAGGGAAUGCUUACCGUAGAUCUUUAUUUAGGGUUAGCAUGAUGAUUAUUAUCAUAACUUUGGGUUACAGUUAAAAUUCUGACCUACAGAGCAGUGCUUAUGGUAGGGUAACUUUCAGAGAUAACAAACAGCACUUCUGAAAAGCUAUGUGUGGACACAUUUAUUUUCAGCUUUUUAUAUUUAAUUUAUUUUUUAAUUAUUUAGAAAUCUAUCGUUUUGAAUGUUUUGAACUCAGAACAAAGCUAUGCAUAAUUUAUACAUCUAUGUGAAUUAUUGGCAUCAUUCAUUAUGGCAUUGCAUUAGCUGAAUGUUUGCUUUAUGUAAUGAGCUUUAAAGAUAUAGGUAUAAUAUUUAGUUUUUAAACUGUUUAAACUUUUUUGAACUUUUUGUUUGUUUACAGUGUCAAUAGCUAUUUUUGUAUGGGUCAAUGGUGUGACAUUGUGAUUGAGAUUGUGUCUGAAUGCAGUAUUUACCAGAAAGAAAAAUAAAUAUGUACACAUUCUGUGAUAUGUAACUGUACUCCUUCCCCAUUAUUGGACCAUAAAAGUACUUAUGGUGACCUGUGAUAAAUGUAGGGACUUCUCUCAUUUACCAGAGUAAGAAUGUAAUGUAACUGACAGGUAACUCCAAACUGAAAGUGUUUUUAAAAUGUCAAAUAUCAUAAUAAAGUUAUGACACAAGGUA